AUGACGACCGUGACGGCCAAGGAUGUCUAUGUGUCUUGGAAUGGCGAUCUGAAUACCUGGCCAGAUUUCGUUCGAAAGGUGAGACUCCAGUAUGAGAAGACGCAGCCAAGCAAACGCUACUUGCUUGGCCCUGAGCUUGUGAGUCGCUUGACGGACAAGGCUUGGCAGGCUUCGUACGAGAUCGACCAUGACCGCCUUUCUGGACGCCAUGGAGUGAAGUACAUGCUCAGCUUCCUUCGUGACAAGCUCUGCCGUGCACCGGUCCCCGAUGCAGGGGCCCGCCUCGAGGAUCUACUGAUCCGACUCCGUCGACAGCCCGGUACUCCUUUUGCUCAAUGGGCUCAUGAGGUGAGAGAGCACUACCGACGACUUCAACGUGCCCUUCUCCGAGCUCGACAAGAAGCCCAACCUAAGGAGACCUCCAUGAAGAAGAGCUCAAAAGGAAGCUCCAAAAAGAGCCAUGGUUCAACAGCCACUGAACCGGAACCUCGACCUUCAUCCACUGGCAGUGACCACUCGCCUUCGAGGAGUGUCCGUAGUCGAGAACCUGCCAUUCCGGAAGAUGAGGAGCAAGAAGAAGAAGACGGAGAAGAAGAUGAAGUGGACGAUGGCUCUCCUUCCAACCGUGGUGGCUGGAACACCUGGUGGCAAUGGGGCAAUCAGUGGACUGUUGAAGAGUGGAAUGAGUGGCUUGGCAAGAAGAAGAAGCAUGAUGGCUCUGACUCCUGGUCUGCCUACGCUGAGGACGAUGAGGACAUGAAUGAAGAAGAGACCUAUUGGGGUAGUGCUUCAUGGGAUGAUGGUUCCUGGACUACCUCUUCGGCAUGGUGGAAUGACACCGAGGCUGAGUUUGAGUUCUCACCGGAAGAGCAGAAGCAGAUUGAUGAGGUCUAUGCGGCCUAUGAAGACAAGGGCAAGGGCUCUUUCAAAGGAAAGCAAAAGGGAGGACCGUCUCCCGUGAUGGCUGCCUCCUCCUUUCAAGGCAGCUCAAGCCCUGGCAAGGGACGACAACGUCCAGGUGAACCUGACUAUACGGGAUGCUUCAUUUGUGGAGCUCGUGAUCAUUCAUUCCAGCAAUGCCCAAAGCGACAUCAACGAAAAGGUGGUGGCAGUGCACACUAUGUCGACGUUCUCUAUGCCUCUCUGGAGAACGACACCUACACGACCAAUGAAUUUGACAGCUCGGUCUUCAUGGCUCAAGACGACUCCAUGGAUGCUGAGGAAACCAUUUCAGCGUGGACUGUUCAGCCCUCAGAUGAUCAGUUCCACGCGGUGAUCGACUGUGGAGCUACCGAGACGGUUGCGUCCUUGCAUGCACUGACGGCCAUUAUGAAUCGCCGCCAGUCCAAGUUUGGCUAUGAGGAGAUCCGUGUCAACCAGGACGUCCGGAAGACAUUCAAGUUUGGAAAUGGACGCACUCUCCAAGCCACUUCAUACGUUGAGAUCCCACAGAGCAUUGGUGGCACCCAUACUUGGCUUGGAGUACAUGCUCUGGACACGGACGAUCGCUAUGUGCCACUGCUCCUUGGCAUGAGGACCCUUGAGAGGCUCGCAGCGGUGAUCGAUUUCGGCAGCAAGACUGCCAGCUUUUGUGCUGUGAGUGAUGAAUUGGUUUUGGGUUCGAGUCUGAAGUUUGCGAGGGCACGAACCCGGGGAUUUCACACGAUAGCCAUGUCCGGGACCCCGUCGACUACAUGCAGUCAACCCGAGACACCGAAGAAGGUGACGGCGAAGGGGAAAUCCAAAGGGCAGAAGAACCAGAAGCUGCCCGACGACCAGAUCUACGACUUCGCCAGGAAGGAAGGGCCGGAUCCCAGAGAUCCUCGGUUCAAAGGAGGACCGUGCAAGGGCCAGCAUGUGGAAGCCCCCUUCGGACGUGGCUCUCCAUCCGGGAAGAACGGAUGGGCAAUGUGGAAGACAUGUCAGAAUUGCAUGCUUCGCCUCGAGUACAUCCCAGCAUAUGGCGCUCAUGCCAAGUACAGGAGUGCAGGUCCUCUCAGCACCGACACCAAGGACCAGCUGAUCGAGAAGGCGAACGAGAUCGAGAAGGACCCUUCUGUGCUUCGUACAGCGGAGGUGGCUUUGGAUGGCGCAGAGAGGAGUCUCCAUCGACGUUUGGAGACCAUCCAGAAGCAGAAGGAGGCCCUGAAGAAGGACAAGACCAAGGACGAGUGCAGAGGCACUGGAAGCAGCAGCGGAGGAGUCGGACGGCUCUUGGACCGAGAUGCCUCCGACGGGUGCGAACUGACCACGCCAGAGAGCGUGAAGUGUCUGGUGGCCGAGACGAUGAAUGACACUACGACGGCCAUCAAUGACAGCUUGCAUGAAUUUGUGAACCUUUCCUUUGACUCCAUGCCUGGAGUGGUACUGUUUUCUCCUGAAGCGCGCAGCCUAGAUCUUUUGGAAGUGUGCUGUCCUCCUGAUAGCGCACUCGAGCUGAAGGAUUUCUUCAAGGAGGUCCAUGAGAAGAAGCAGAACCUCUUCCGCACAUUGCUCCAUGGUUGCCAAGUAGGAGCUGUGAAUGACAAGAAUGAGCCCGUGCUGAAGCCCUGGACGAUCUAUGUGACUGACCGUGCCAUGGCUUCCGCUUUGCACCUUGUAUGCCCUCAUGAUCACCAACACGGAGAAGCUAUGGGAGGCCAGUCGGCCAAGAAAACAGGCUUCUACCCUCCCCGAAUGGUGAGAAUCAUUGCUAGGCAGAUCCUACGACGUGACCUACCCCCUCACGUUGAAACUGUGCAAGAAAAAGAUGAAGAGGCACUCUUAGCCUAUGGGGUGUCUGAGAUUGAGACUGUUGUGCCUGAUGGUGUCUCUCCAGUCGAAUGGAAGAGAGUUUUAGCAUUGGUCAAGAGACUUCAUGUCCGAGCAGGUCAUCCCUCCACAAGAAGUUUGGUUGCCACCCUGAAAGCGAGAGGAGCACAUCCCCUCAUCACCUUGGCGGCCAAGUACAUGCAUUGUGAUGACUGUGCAGAGACCAAGCGAUCAGUUCCUGCAGCCCGAGCGAGCUUUAAUCGUUCGGACACUCUUUGGCACACCUUGCAAGUUGACAAUGCGUACUUCAAGGUAGGCACCAAGACGGUGACCGCCAUGAUCAUGGUUGAUGAGGCUUCUACUUUCAUGGUACCCCAUCUCCUACAUCGGCUUGACGAAGGAGAACAUGAGAAUGCCACUGCUGAACAGGUGGUAGAUGCCUUGCAGAACUCCUGGAUUCGAUUCUUUGGACAUCCUUCGGUUCUUCGACUUGAUCCCGAAGGAGCCUUUCGCUCACGGCUGCUAGAAGACUUUUGCGGCACCCGUGACAUCGAGCUUCAGCCUUGUGCAGCUGAAGCCCACUAUCAGAUCGGUGUUGUGGAGCGUGCCAUUGGGACACUAAGGAAAUCGGUGGAGCGCUUCCUUCGCAGCAACGCAGUUGAUCCCUGGGAGGCCAUUGUGACCAUGUGUGCAGCUCAUAAUGAAGUUGGAAAGAUUGCGGGUUUUUCUCCAGCUCAAUGGGCACUGGGACGUUCCUUGGGCAUCGAUGAGAAGAUUCAUGAGAGCGGAAGAGAAGCUACGAGUUUCCAUGAGUCUCAACGAGCUUCACAAGACAGAGUGCAAAAGACCAUGGUCCUUCGUCUCAAGGCUGAGCAAGAGUACAAGAAGAACAUGGCUCAAGAGGCCAUCAAUCGAGCCUGGAACUCCAAGGCUCAAAAGCGUGAGAUUUGGACUCCUGGCACACUCAUUUACUACAAGCGGUAUAAGGCACCUUCCACGUCUUUGGCGUCACACAAGGAUGUUGAUGUGACAAGACGACAAAUAGCUCGCUGGUAUGGCCCAGGUCGUGUGGUCGCUACUGAGAGCUUCUUGGACGGCGACUCAGCGAGGCCUGGUCACAUUGUCUGGAUUACUGCUGGUGGUCGCUUGAAGCGUGUUGCUCCUGAACAAUUGCGCCUGGCUAGCGAGACAGAGAAGAUUCUGGCUGAGGCUGACGGUCCACCUCGCUUUGACUGGACCAUUCAAGGUAUGCUGCAAGAAGUUGAUCGUGGACAAUUUGAUGUUUACGAUGAUUUGCUGCAACCGAGCCCUGCGACUCCGGCCCGGCGAUCUCGAAGCGCAGCGCCACCAGUGAGAGAUUUUUCGCCCGGCCGCUAUCUCAGCGACCCUUCCUGCGAAUUUCCAACUAGCCAUGGAGCUGCUGGCAAGAGCUGGACUGGUGAGCUCAAACGCAAUGAGCUUUUCAAAAAGGCUCAAGAACGGCACGGUGAAGCGAAGAUGGUUGAGGAAACCUCAUUUGCUUGCGAGUCACUUCAACCUGAAGAUGGUCAAGGUGAACCUCCUUUGUUUGUUGCCAUGUCUUUGGAGCUGCCCACAGAUGAAAAGAGCAUGAAGCAGUUCAAGCGAGACCCAGUGACUUGGACAGCGAACAAGUUGAAGAAACAUGUUGAAGUGAAGAUGGAGCAUCUUACUCCAGAACAAGUUGAAGACAUGAAGAAGGCCAAGUCUUUGGAAGUUGGUCAAUGGAUCCAAGCGGCUGCCUGCAAAGCUCUUGAGGGGCACCAGAUCGUUGAAUUUGUUGCUUGGAGUGACGCUGCUUUAGCCAACAGGGUUGACAUGGGUAGUACUGGUGGUUACGUUGUUGGUGCCACUACCAAAGACCUUCGAGAAGGAAAGAAAGCACGCGUGAACUUUGUAGGUUGGAAAACCUUCAAACUCAAAAGGAUCGCAAGAUCCAGCCUAGCGGCAGAGGUGCAAGCCUUUUCGGAGGCUGAAGAGGAACUUAUGUUCACGAGACUCCAGUGGGGCGAAAUGCUCGGUCAUGACCUCGAUCCUCGAUCUCCUGAAGAUGUGUUGGUUCGUGUUCCUGGGAUUCAUGUUACCGAUGCCAAGUCCCUCUAUGACUCGGUUCAGAAGGGUUUGGUGAACACAAGCGGUUUAGGACUUUCCGAGAAGUACAGUGCUUUGGAGCUUUUGUCGGUGAUGGAACGCUUGGACAGAGGUCACACGGAGACUCGUUGGGUGAAUUCUGACGCUCAAAUGGCGGAUGCUUUAACAAAGCAUCAAUGUCAGAGCUCCUUGCAUCAAGCUUUGGUUCAGGGACAUUGGAUCCUGGUCUAUGAUCCCCUUUUUGUUUCUGCCAAGAAGCGAAAGGCAGCUAAGCUAGGUCCAAAAGCUUAG